CUCAUGUCAGGAGCUCCAACACCUUGACACCUUCAGCCGCUGUUCGUCUCAGUGCCGUCUAUUGGAAAACUUCCUGCUUUCAGUCAGGCUGUAAACAUUCAACCAGAAACUACAUCAAGCUGCUGCACCACCUUUUUCAACAGCAAAUAAAUGUGAUCUCUCUCUGACCAUGAUGUGUUGAAAAAGAGGAGACAAAACAGCUGAUAAGGGAAGGGAAUUAUUCUGCAGCAUCAAAUAAGUAACGACUUUUCAACUUAUUCAUUGUUGACAGACAUGGCCAAUGAACCUGAGCUCAGGAUGGUGCUUGUUGGGAAAACGAGAGUUGGGAAGAGUGCAGCUGGAAACACCAUCUUAAGGAAAAGAGCUUUUGAAACUAUGAGGCGUCCUGCUGUAGCAGCACCAGUAACUCUGAGGAGAGAAGAAGAGUUUUAUGGACAAACACUGGUUUUAGUUGAUACUCCAGGCCUGCUCCAUCCUAAUCAAGAUCAAGAUGAGGUGAAGAGGCAAAUCACUAACUGCAUCUCAUUAGCUGCUCCGGGUCCACACGUGUUCCUGGUUGUGAUCAAUCCAAACAGAUUCACAGAAGAUGAUAGAAGAAUAAUGAGAACCAUUCGGCAGAUAUUUGGAGAAAACCUAGCACGUUUCUCUUUGCUCUUGUUCACCCACGGAGACAUUCUGGAAGCUCAGGGGCGCUCCAUUGAAGAAAUAAUCCGUGAAAAUCAAUCUCUCCGUUCUAUCAUUCAUCAGUGUCAUGGAGGAUAUCAUGUUUUAAAUAACAAUGAUGGGGAUCUCACUCAGGUCUUAGAGUUGCAGAGGAAGAUACACGUGCUGUUUCAGAGAAAUGGAGGACGAUACUACACUGAUGAGAUGCUAAGAGAGCCCAGUCUGGGAAAUGUUAUGGCCACCAGUUUUGCCAUUGGCGUUCUUGUAGGUCUACUGGGACUGGGAAUACUUGCAGUGCGAAAGUAGGAAUGUCUUACAACAUUUUAUGAAUAUCACUGAUAUUAAUAUGUGAUAUCAUAGAAUUCCAUACACGUAGAAUGCAUACUUCAGACCUGUGUGACACGUUGGUUUGAACUUUAGACUCAUUUUACAUAUCAUUCAAUUGUUUAGGGUCAUAGGCUGAGGUUCAUCAUUAACACUAAAUGGUUAAACGAAGUGACAACAUGUGAAGUGAUUUCAGGGAAUCACCAUGUUAUGCACUAUUUUACAUCAGGCUGGACAUCGUGUCAUUGGGGUUGUUCAGCUUCAGCUUAUUAAUCAUGUGUAGAUUUUAUAAACUCUAUAUUCUAUAAACUCUCAUUCUUCAGUUUUUUAAUGAAUAAAACUGUUAGCAUGUUUUUUUCUCAUUAUAGAUUAGGAGCAUCUUAAUUUCAUUCAUCAUGUGAUUUACACAGUUUCGCAGACCAUGAGA